AUGACAGAUGAGGAGAUCCAAGGGAAGUUUAGAGGGGUAGAAGAAUCUCGUAACAAAGCGGCUGUUUCCAUAGUAUUACAGUACUUCUUAUGGAAAGAAAGAGCGAGAGCACAAAGGAACAAAGGAAAGAGCUCAGAGCGUGCCCUCAAGGAAACAGCACAGAAAAGGCUCUCACGCUUUCCUAAUCCACGCGUGAACACUCUCAUUGCAUGCUUUCAAAUUUCAAACCCCAAGAAGCUAGCCCUCCUGAUGGUAGAGGUAAGAGUUCCAAACUUGGAUUGCGAGGGCUGUGCUUCAAAGUUAAAGAAAGCUCUCCUCAAACUAAAAGGAGUAGAAGAGGUGGAAGUAGAGAUGGAAGAGCAAAAGAUUACUGUUAGAGGCUAUGGAUUGGAGGAAAAGAAGGUGAUCAAAGCAAUAAAAAGAGCAGGGAAAGCAGCAGAGCCAUGGCCAUUUCCAGGAUACUCUCAUUUUGCCUCAUUCUACAAGUAUCCAACCUACGUCGUCGACCAUUACUACGACAGUACUUACAAAAAUGUAGCUAAUACUAAUGGCGUCCACACUUUUUUUCACACUCCUGCUGUCUAUUCACUUGCUGUAGCAUCUGAUGAGGCCGUUGCUUCGCUUUUCAGUGAUGACAAUCCUCAUGCUUGCACUAUCAUGUAA